AUGGCGACUGAUCUCAAGAAGACUACAGGAGUGGCUCAGACUGACAUUGAUGUCGGCUCCCUCAGUGCUGCCGAUAUCAGCGCCCUCAAUGAAGCUGAGAAGUCCCUCGCACAUACUAGGUUCGAGCACAGCCUUGGGUUUUGGCAGGCGGUGAAACAUUAUCGCCCGGCACUUCUAUGGGCGGCCUUCGUCAACUUGUCCGUAAUCCUCUGCGGCUUUGACGGUGCCCUGAUCGGCAGCCUGGUUGGGCUGUCGCCUUUCACACGCACAUAUGGGAGACUCGUCAAUGGGGAAUACCAAGUCGCACCGUCGUGGCUGUCUGCAUUCAACUACGCAGCAAUGCUUGGAUCAAUGCCCGGCUCGCUCACCGCAGGAAUGGCAUACGACAAGUUUGGCCCACGGAUCUGCUUAGCAGCCGCAUCGACAGCAUCCAUAGGUUUCAUCUUCCUACAGUUCUUCAGUCAAGGUCCAGCUCUGCUUUUUGUCGGUGAGCUGCUCAAUGGGCUUGUCCUUGGUGCUUACCCAGUCCUUGCAAAUGCCUAUAUUGGAGACGUCGCUCCUGUUGCCGCACGAGGUGUUAUCGCAGCCUUUAUCAACAUUUCCUUUGUCAUCGGUCAGCUAGUCGCUUCAGGCGUACUGAAAGGCACCAGCACGAUCGACAGCAAGUGGUCGUAUAAGAUCCCAUUUUCCCUCCAGUGGAUCCUUCCCCUCUGUGUCCUGGCCGUGGUUUUCUUCCUCCCCACGCCGGCGUACUGGCUUUGCAAGAACGGCCGCGACGACGACGCCAGAAAGUCCCUGCAGCGUCUCACGACUGGACAGGUGGAUAUUGACUGCCAAAUCGCAAACAUCAAGGAGACACUCCGGCUCGAAGAGAGCGCGAAAGAGAAAGUGCACUUUUUGGAAUGCUUCAGGGGCACCAACCUGCGCCGCACCUUGAUCUCGUGCCAGGUCUUCAACAUCCAAGCACUCUGCGGCAACAUUUUGUUCAUCAACUACGCCGUCUACUUUAUGCAGAUUGCCGGCCUGAAAGAGUCGGAUUCGUUCUCCAUGAACAUUGGUUUGACGUGCAUGGGCUUCGUGGGCACCCUGUUGUCGUACGUGCUGAUCUCAUACGCUGGCCGACGCACCAUCUAUCUCUGGGGCACGACGGGCAUCGCGUCCAUGUGUCUCCUUAUCGGCAUCUUGGGCGCGGUGCCUCACCACAACGCCGGCCCCGUGUGGGCCAUGUGCGCGCUCAUGGUCAUAACCACCUUCAUGUACGACCUCACAGUCGGCCCGUUGUGCUUCACCGUCAUGUCCGAGGUAUCCGCCGUCAAGCUCCGAGGCACCACGAUCGCCCUGUCGAACGUCACCGUGACAAUCACCUCCAUCAUCACGGCGGUCGGGAUCCCUUACGCCCUCGACAUCAACGGCGCCAAUUGGGGCGGGAAGCUCGGAUUCCUGUUCGCCGGGCUUGGUCUGCUCAACAUGGCUUGGUGUUACUUCUUCCUGCCCGAGACCGGAGGCCGGACUUUUGAAGAGCUAGAUUUGAUGUUCCAGCUUAAAGUGCCUACCAAGCGGUUCAAGUCUUACAGGAUCGAAGGAACUCACGUCGCUGACGACGAGCUCGGGAGUGGGGAAGUUGCUCAGCACACAUAG